CAUUUGGAUAGUGUUAUAAAAACGCAACCCUUUGGGCUUUCCCCCCCGUCGUUGUUUGAACUUAUUGUUUACAAGAAGAAAUGAAUCCGGAAAACUUUACGGAUAAAACGACUGCUAUCCUAAACCGGGCACAGGAACUUGCCCGCGAGUUUGCGCACGUUCAACUAGCGCCCAUUCAUAUCGCCUCGGCCCUCUUUGACGACGACGAUGGCCUCGUUCGCUCCAUAAUAACAAAAGCGGGGGGUGACCCUGCUUUAGCGGAACGCAAAUUAAAGUCCCUCCUCGUUCGACAGCCUACACAGGACCCGCCACCCGACCAGAUAUCGUUCCAUCCAAACACAAUGAAGGUCCUUCGCAUGGCGGACGAUAUUCGGAAAAAGCAGAAAGACACACAUCUCAGUAUUGACCACUUGAUCCUUGCGCUGAUGGAGCAAAGUGAGAUCAUGGGCGCCCUUUCAGAGGCUGGUGUGACAAAGAAGGCUCUCGAAAACGCCAUUCAACAAGUUAGAGGAAACCGACGGGUCGAUUCCAAAAGCGCCGAUUCAACAUACGAGGCUCUAUCUAAAUACGCGGUCGAUCUUGUCGCCAUGGCCGAGGAAGGCAAGCUUGAUCCGUGCAUUGGACGUGAUGAUGAGAUCCGCCGUGUGAUACGCGUCCUUGCUCGCCGAACUAAAAAUAAUCCCGUACUGGUUGGUGAGCCCGGUGUCGGUAAGACGGCCAUUGUGGAAGGACUAGCUCAGCGUAUCGUGAGAAAAGAUGUCCCGGCAUCCUUGCAAGCGAGAAUCUAUUCACUUGACAUGGGUGCCUUGAUUGCGGGUGCGAAAUACCGUGGAGAGUUUGAGGAACGUCUCAAGGCUGUUUUGAAGGAGGUCAAGGACGCCGAAGGUAAUAUUAUCAUGUUCAUCGACGAGAUACACACGGUCCUCGGCGCCGGCAAGACAGAAGGAUCGAUGGACGCCGCCAAUCUUCUUAAACCUAUGCUUGCUCGUGGCGAACUUCGGUUGAUCGGCGCGACCACGCUCGGCGAAUAUCAAAAAUACGUGGAAAAAGAUGCAGCCUUUGAGCGCCGUUUCCAGAUGGUGAUGGUUGGUGAACCUUCGGUGGAAGCAACCAUCUCGAUUUUACGUGGUAUUCGGGAGAAAUGGGAGACCUUCCACGGUGUCCGCAUUCUUGAUGCUGCUCUUGUCACGGCUGCGACACUAGCCGAUCGAUACAUUACGAACCGAUUCCUCCCUGACAAGGCAAUUGACCUGGUAGACGAAGCAUGCGCGAACACACGUGUUCAACUUGACUCGCAACCCGAAAUUAUCGAUACACUCGAACGAAAGCAUCUGCAACUUGAAGUCGAAGCCACUGCCCUUGCGAAAGAGAAUGACCCGGCCUCCCAGCAACGACUACAAAAGGUUCGCGAAGAAAUGGCUCGCAUUCGCGAACAAUUGAGGCCUCUCAAGCUCCGGUAUGAGCAAGAAAAGGGCCGAGUGGAGGAGAUACGUGGCCUUAAGGCCAAGCUGGAGGAGCUUAAACACAAGAUUUCGGAGGCUGAGCGACGCUACGAUCUUGCAUUGGCGGCCGACCUUCGAUACUACGCUGUACCAGAGAUUGAAAAGAAGAUUGCAGAGCUCGAAGCAAAGCAUAAAGAGGAAAAGGCACGAAUGGCCGAAAAUGCGACAUCUGGAGCAGGUCAACUUGUUUCCGAAGUGGUCACCUCGGACCAGAUCAUGGAAGUCGUGGCUCGAUGGACGGGAAUUCCAGUGACAAAGCUCAACAAAUCCCAAAUUGAUCGUCUACUCAAUCUCGCCGAUGUCUUGCAUCAACGCGUCGUGGGACAAGACGAAGCUGUCAAAGCGGUUUCUGAAGCCAUUCUGCGAUCUCGCGCCGGCCUAUCUAGUGGUGGUACGAUUGGGUCCUUUUUGUUCCUAGGUCCGACGGGUGUGGGAAAAACAGAAUUGGCCAAGACAUUGGCAACGGAACUCUUUGACGAUGACAAGAGAGGCCUUGUGCGCAUUGAUAUGUCCGAGUAUAUGGAGCAACACACUGUCGCCCGUCUCAUUGGUGCUCCGCCUGGUUACGUUGGAUAUGAUGAAGGUGGCCAACUUACUGAAGCUGUGCGCCGGCAUCCAUACUGCGUUGUCUUGUUCGACGAGGUAGAAAAGGCCCACCCGCAAGUCCUGAAUGUUCUUCUUCAAGUCUUGGACGAUGGACGCCUCACGGAUGGAAAAGGCCGCGUUGUAGAUUUCCACAACACGGUGAUCAUCAUGACAUCCAAUGUCGGAUCCCACCUCCUCCAAACCCCCAAAGUUGACGAACCAGUCAAACAGGCUGUGAUGAUGGAAGUGCGACGAACCUUCAAGCCAGAACUCUUAAACCGGAUCACAGAUAUUGUUAUUUUCCACCCACUAGGCCAUGACCAUCUCCGCCAAAUCGUCAAGAUCCAACUCAAGGAAAUUGCCAAGCGUCUCGAAUCCAAGAACAUUCAACUAAAGAUCUCGGAUGCUGCCGCUGAUUUGGUCCUUGCUCGCGCUUAUGACCCACUCUACGGUGCAAGGCCUUUACGCCGAUACUUGGAACGUGUCCUUGUUACAAAAUUGUCGAAAAUGCUUAUCAGUGGCGCCUUGACGGAUCGCAGCGUUGCCUAUGUUGAGACAGUCGAGGAGGCUGGUGACACGGUGCGUGCCAAACCCGAAGAUUUGGAGGAAGGAAUAGUGAUUAGGGUAGAACGGGCGACUGAGAAUGAUAUGGAGACGGAUUGACUACGCUCGGACCUGAAUGGUCGAAUCAAUGGAAGAAAACAUGGGUGGGAUGGACAUGAAGAUGGGAUUGAGCAGCCGAAAAGGAAACGGCCAUCGAGUAGGCUUUGAACUUUGGUUUUGUGUAUAUAAUUUUCGGCUAGCUCUUCUUUGAUUAGAGCUCUUCACUGUAUACCUUUGAUUUUUGCUUCUUGUAUAAAUAUAUCCAUUUUCUAAAAACACAAAUAACUUUGCCA